CCUUCCCGCUCCUCCACCGGCGGGCGGGGUUUCCGGUUCCGCCCCUUGCCGGAAGCGGCGCGCGGGGCUCGCGGCUGAGGCGAGGCGAGGCGCAGCGCGGCCUCUCCGCCGGCAUGGCCCGGAACACGCUCUCCUCGCGCUUCCGCCGCCUGGACAUCGACGAGUACGACGAGAACAAGUUCGUGGAGGAGCCGGACGAGGCGGCGGCGGCCGAGCCGGACCCGGCUCCCGAGGUGGAGGCGCUGCUGAGGCAAGGUGAUAUGCUCCAAGCUUUCCACACAGCCUUAAGGAAUUCUCCCUUGAACACCAAGAACCAAGCAAUAAAGGAACGGGCCCAGGGAGUGGUGCUUAAGGUCCUCACAUCCUUUAAAAGCAGUGAGAUAGAACAGGCAGUAAACUCAUUAGACAGAAAUGGUAUUGACUUGUUAAUGAAGUACGUUUAUAAAGGAUUUGAAAAGCCAACAGAAAAUAGCAGUGCAAUAUUACUUCAAUGGCAUGAAAAGGCACUAGCAGUAGGUGGAUUAGGUUCCAUAGUAAGAGUUCUUACAGCAAGAAAGACUGUUUAAAAGACUUAACUUGAACCCAGAUGAACAGGUUUGGACUCAGAAGAAAGAAUUAGCUGAAGUGACACUGGUCCAUCUUUCUAGACAUUGUGAUCUACUGAAACUUUGGAAACCUCUGGAAUGCUUCUAAUUUUAAAGGUUGGGGGAAAGAGUAAAUACUACUUUGUUUUCUGACUAUCAAAUAUAGGAGCUGAGACCUUCUGAUCCCUUGUUUAAAGGUAAAGCAGAAGGCAGAAAUUCUGCUCUUAUUACUGUACGGGGAGAGGUAAUUAAAUCCUGUGUGUAUUGCUUAUUUAAAAGAAGAGGUGCUGUGGCUUCAGCAGACACAAAAUUGACUGGUUUCUGGGUGGGGGGGAAAUGUUUAUUUGAAAGGCGACUUUGUACAUACAAUCAAAGGACUAGCUGGACUACUGGUUUGGUUUCAUUGUAAAGUGCCUGCUGCAUCAAUAAAGCUCUUGGAUUGUAA